UAAUUUGAAAGCUCCCAACACAAGCUUCCUUUUUGGGGUGUUUGAAAAGAAUAAUGGUGAAGAGGUCGGCACGAAUCGCACUCGCCGAGCUUCUUUUCGUGAGCGAUCUCUCCUCAAAAUGAAAUAUGAAAAAGGGGAGGCCAGGGAUGAGCUCUUGAUAUCGAUCCCGGAUUUGCUUUUGCGUUAUUCUGUAAAAAUGGCAGAAUCCGAACCCCGCAUGUAUCUGUAACCAGACACCGUUAAUUAUUCCUGGACCGUGCUUGGAUUGCGAAUAUUUCGCUUUUAAGCUGCAGAUUUAUAGACAGACAACACUUGUGCAUAUUUACGAACACGUUUUUGUGACUCGUGAGUUGAGGAAUACGUACGUUGGCUUGGCUGGGUAAUGAAUUUGUGUUUUAUGUUGACGGACUUGAACAGAUCUGUUGAGGGAUGUUGCAAUUGAAUUGGAUCUGAAAGACAGAAACCCUAAAAUUCAGCUCUGGACUGACUACAUUCAAAUUGACAAGGCUGUUUAUGCGAAGAUCUGGAAGACAUGCAUGUGAGGCAUCGAAAUGGACCUGGGCAUGGCUACAGGUCAAAUAACGUCGGGGUGGGGGGCAUGGCUGCUGCUUCCCGAAUUUCUCCUGAGGGUUCAAUGAGAGGUCAAAGAAUGUACAAUACCGAUUAUAGGAACAAUGCUCGUGGUGGUUAUAGUCGUGGAGGCCACUCAAAACACUCUCCACGGCUUCCUCCACGGGAGACGGAUAUAUUCAUGGAAGCUGGUAAACUAGCUGCUGAAUAUUUGGUUUCUACGGGGGUGCUGCCUCUAAACGCCCUUUCAGGAAAGUGGACGAUUAAUGAUGUGAAGGACCAGGUGAACAACUUUCAGGGCUUUAGGCAACUUGAAGCAGACAAAACACGGAUUGCUGCAGAUGGGCGUGCAUCGGCUCAUUCCCGUCUGGGAAAUGUUGCUCUAGAAGCAGGACCAAGUUGGAGAAGGUACUCCGAUGAAUAUUCAAUGGGUUCGAGAUCAUCUGUGAGAGGAAGGAAAAGAACCGGGCCCUUUAAAAAUUUUGGGUCCGAGAUAAACAGGGAGCUGGGAAGAAGUGGAUCAUUGGCUGAGGCUAGCGGGGCUUCCUCUGGCAUGGAAGCUGACAAUGAUAGUUUUGGGCAUCAUGCUCAGCAGCAUGAACGUAAAGAUGGCAAUCCUGUGAUGCAGAGUUCAUCUCCUGGUGAAUCAAUUCAAGGAGUUGAUAGUGAAUCUCCUGUUAAAUCUGGAUCAGAGAAAUGUAACUCAGCAGAUGAUAUGCAUGUCGACAAUGGUGCUUUGAACUCUGUGAAGAGUCUUCCAUUGGAAGUGGAUGGAGAACACAUAAGACAAUCCGAUGAUGCUACUGAUUUCAAUGAUGAGUCUCAUGUUCCUAAAACAGGCAGAAAUCAUGACAGUUUGCCACAAAGACACGUUGACAAUAAAGUCAAGUCUUCCACAAAGGAUGAUACUUUGGUCAGUGAAGACCAUUUUGAUUUAGCAAAGCACUGCAAAUUUGUAAAUCUUCGUACUAAAGCUCGUUCGUCAUUAACAAAGGGUCCAAAAGGUGCUCAGAAUUCCAUGAAUGAAGUCAGGAAAAUUGCUAGUGAACUUUCAGAAUUUUCUGGAGCUCAAGUGAUGAACGUUGGUAUUGGAAGUUCCAGUUGUAAUGAUAUAUCUCAUCAGAGCCGCGAGCUUAACAGCCUUCAAUCGAAUGUAUCAAGUGACCCCUCUAUGGAGAAAGACCUGGGUGUUACGUGCACAGUAAAGCCAGGACAGUGCUUGAAGGCUGGAUCAUUUCCAGACAAAUCUGCAUCUAAAGAGAAAGAAUCAGAUGAAGGCACAUCAGGAUUGCAAAAUCCUAACUUAAUACGUAGAGAGAGAAGUACCAAACGAGUAAUAGAUUAUACGACUGAUGAUAUGAAGGAUUCUAAAAAGAUUAGACAAUGGGUUUCUCCAGUGGAUGCUCAGUCUAAUGUAUCCUCUCCUCUCUCUAGCUCAAUUAAAAAUCCGCCAGAAUUGCAAGAGCCAAACACUUCACAUAGUGCUCUUGGGACUUUAGUUUCUGAUCAGAAAAUUGUGGAUACUUCACUUCCUCCAAAAGCUGACUCAUGUGAAUCCAUGGAAGAGAAGCAGCUGUUUCCAGGUUCUUUUAAGACCUGUGAUCUGAAUCUAUCUGGAUCUUCUGAUGUCACUGAGAAUCGUGAUGCUGAUCCGCUGAUCAUUUUUCCAUCCAUUACUCAACCUGAGGAAGGAGUACCCAUUGAUGUUGAUUUGUCUAUGGGCAAUAAUCACAAUAUGCCUGAUAAAAAUUGUAAACAUGGUGUUAAGAGCAUUGAUAUUGAGGUUAUUGAUCUCGAAAAUGAUUCUGCAGAAGUGCAAAAAGCCUUCAGCAAUCCAGAGAGAAGGGCAGACACUUUGUUCACUGAUCUGGAUGGUUUUCCAAAUAACAUGCAUAACUCUGAUGGAAUCCCCGACGUUCAGGACGGCUAUGGGCUUAUGAUCUCUGAGCUUCUUGGAAAUGACAGCCCAAGCUGUUCUGCACAAACGGACUUGAAUUCCCUCAACAACCAUAUGGCCCUUUCUAACACUGAGGGGAUGCUUGGAGAUGAUGACUCGAUUUACAUGUCCCUGGGGGAAAUACCAAUAAGUCUUCUGGGACCUUGGGAGCAGCCAAUGCAGGACUACGGCAAACCAUUUUGAACAUCGUUCAGUGCAUCAAUAUUGAUUGCUCUACGGCCUUAAUGAGGCAAGCAAUUUUCCAUCCCAUCUGGGCAAACCACUGACCCUCGUGGUUAUAUUUCUUCCUUGAGGAUCUUGUGACAUGGCUUGCUGUUGCUCUUAUGAUCCAUGUUCAAAAUCAGCUUUUUAUCUCAUCGAUAGUUAUGUAUAGAAAUUGCUCUUUUGUAUUUAAGCUGCAGUUUCAUGUAAGAUGAUGCCCCUAACAGCUUGUAAUUGUAGAAUUUCAACAUUUGACCGCAAAUUAGCUAAAAGGCUUUGACCACAAAGAAUCCUUGCUAAAUUUUUCAAGCUUUAGAACACUUCAUAUUAUCAUUACUUUCAUGGUGGGUGCGAUUAUACUAACCUUUCUGUGAAACAAUCCUUUCUGUAUUACGUGUUGGAAUUAUUACAGGCAUGGAUCCUCUGGAAGUCCCAGUCCCAGUUCCAGAUUCAGGAACAUCAAAGAUUCAAGUAGCUGACAGAUUGUGGUGGCUGCUGGUAAUUGAUUUUCUUACCCACUUGAAUGAAAUAAAAGAAACAGAUAUGUAUUGUCCAUCAGAAGCACACAAGCACAGUCUUUUUACAGCUAGCAGUAGCAACUCAACCAUGGUCGACAGAGAAAGCACAUAUAUAAUACUAAUAAUUGUGAAUUGAUGUUAUAUGUCCCAAUACAUGAAUGAAUGAAAG